AUGGGGCACGUCCUCGGGGCUGUCCCCAAAUGCCCCAGGCCUGGGCUGAGCCACCUCGAUCCCGGCAGCCACCGAAGGGUCCUCAUGAAAACGGGCCUCAUCCUCCUCAUCAUCGGGCACCUCAACUUCAUCACCAGCGCCCUCGUCCACGGCACCGUCCUCCGCUUCGUGGUCAACCCCCGGGACGCCAUUUCCCUGCAGUACACGGUCGCCAACGCUGCCUCCGUCAUCUCCGCACUGGUGGACAGGAGGACGUGGGAUGCAGGAGGAUGCGGGAUGGAUGAGCUGUGGAAAUGGGUGGUUUUCGCCCUGAGCGCCUGCAGCAGCCUGGGCUGCCUGUCCUGCCUGCUGGGGCUGGCCGUCUCCAUCGGGCUGACGCUGGGCACCCAGGGCCGGGCACUGCUGGGCCCCUGCACUGUCACCAACGUCACCCUUGCCCCAGCCUCCCGCGAGUGCCCCUUCGAUCCCACCCGUGUCUAUAGCUCCACGCUGUCCCUCUGGGCCAUCUCCCUGCUGCUCGACGCACUGGAGAUCGUCUUCGGCAUCCGCUGCCUCCUGCUCACCCUCGACCUCCUCCGCCUCGGCCGCUGCUGCCGUGGGGCACACCGGAGAAAGGUCUCCUUGCAGGCAGCCCCUGCGGAGAGCCCGGACCCUGGGCAGUGCCUGGGCUUGCUGGGCCGCCCCGCCGGCCGCGAGCCAUUUAAUCAGCGUGCGUGCGGCUCCUUCUAA